CGGUUCGCCAGGUGAGGACUCAGAAGCGUGAGUCGGAAAGAAGCUCUCAAGAAGGUCACUCAGUUGGGUAGAUCUGUCCUUCAGACUUCAAGUUCAGCCUCCAGGGCGGAUCAGCAAGGAAAAAAAGCUGCCAUGGAUGCUUUCAGCUCACCACGGCCGUCCUCGUCUGGGGGCCCCUCAAAUGAAGAAAUGAUGGAUCAAGUGCGGACGCAGCUGGCGCACGCAUACGCGGAAGAAUUCUUCGCUACGGUUCGAGACAAGUGCUUUGCCAAGUGCAUCACGAAGCCUGGGAGCAGUCUGAGUGGCUCGGAAGCCAGUUGUGUAUCUCGUUGUGUGGAUCGAUAUAUAGAAGCGACCGGGGUAGUCUCCAGAGCAGUGUUGAAUGCUAGUCCACGAUAGCUCAAACCAACGGGAUUGUAAUAUAAUGGUGCAACGGGAUAACCCUGACGGGGCUUACUCGGUGUUUGGAUUCAAUGAGGCCAAGCGAGCGAGCAAAGUCUCCUUGUAUCACUGCUUAGGGCCCAGGAAGUGUGUCAGUAUAUUCGCCUCACGGAUCUGCUCUUUUUUGUUUGGAUUUUUGGGUCUGAGAGGCUCCGGCUCCAAACGUUGAACCGCUUAUUUGGCGAGGUCUUUGUGGGCCCAGCGUUGAGAGCUUUCAAGCGACAUCUGGCUGCUUGCAGUACCGAAAGAGAUAACGACAGAAGUUGCCAGUCGAAAUCCG